UGUAGUACUCCCACUGAAACCUCCGCUCGCCAAUCCAGACAAGAAGGUACAACGGGGAAAGAAAAGGAGACACGAAAACAGUUAUGCUGCUCCCACUGCAGCUUUCCAACACAAGAGGAGGGCAGUACUCCGUGAUGUGACAAAUACUCGCUGUGAGAAUUCAUUCAAGGGCUGCAUCAAUGUAACAAAAAUCCAGACUGGGGUCUGUCAGAAGAUUAAAUCUGCUCCUUCCAAGGCAAAAUUAUGUUGUGGCAAGAAGAUUUCCGACGUAGCCCCUGCCAUUCCUGUGGAAAAUACAUCGAUUUUUGAAAACAAGAAGGAAGAUCGAACACAGAAUGUAGUGAUGUUGGAGACACAAGAUGCUGAUCUCUCGUUCAUUGUGAAAGAAAACUACACGUACCCAGAAAAAGUUGAGAGCCUCUUGGAUGGGGAAAGCACAUGUGGCACAACUUUGAUUGAUGAAGAAACCUCCAAAGAAGGACCUAAAAUCAUUCGUCACAUAAAGGAUGUUAAAGAUGAAUUCUGCGAGGAUCCUGGGGGCUCAUUUGAGUUGGAGUAUAUGGAUAUUGAUGCUGACCAUGCAAAUCCCCAGAUGUGCUGUGUUUACUCAUCUGACAUAUAUUCUAAUUUACAUGCUGCCGAGCUCCUCCAAAGACCUUGUUCUAACUUCAUGGAAACGGUGCAGCGAGAUAUCACUCAUAGCAUGCGGGGGAUUUUAAUUGAUUGGCUUGUGGAGGUUUCUGAUGAAUACAAGCUUGUUCCAGACACACUGUAUCUCACCGUUAAUAUCAUCGAUCGUUUCCUCUCUCAAAAUUAUAUUGAAAGGCAGAGAUUGCAACUAUUGGGCAUUAGUUGCAUGUUAAUUGCAUCAAAAUACGAAGAAAUUUGUGCUCCUCGUAUAGAAGAAUUUUGCUUUAUUACAGACAACACAUACACCAAAGAAGAGGUGCUAAAAAUGGAAAUUCAAGUAUUGGACCUUUUGAGCUUUCACAUCUCUGUGCCCACUGUAAAAACAUUUCUAAGGAGAUAUAUUCGAGCAGCACAUACAUCAUACAAGGUUCCCCCCCAAGCCCUGAGUCAUCUGGCCAAUUACUUAGCAGAGCUAACAUUGGUCGAGUAUAGCUUCAUAAAGUUUCUUCCUUCAGUCAUAGCUGCAUCUGCUGUGUUUCUUGCGAGAUGGACAUUGGAGCAGUCUGACCAUCCAUGGCAGAAUAGUACUCUGGAACAUUAUACCUCUUAUAAGGCUUCAGAACUCAAAGCUGCAGUUCUCGCAAUGCAAGAGUUACAGUUGAAUACGAACAAUUGCCCCCUUAAUGCAAUUCGUGAGAAGUACAGACAAUCAAAGUUUGAGUCUGUGGCUGCUAUGGCAUCUCCGCAACUACUUCAAUCACUGUUCAGUUGACGGUACAUGGAUUAUUCUUCUAAUCUACAGUCUGUUAACAGAGGGUUAUCAGACUUGGAACAUCUUUUUUCAUCAAGGGUUCUGAAAAUUCCAGUUGACACUCCAUUGACUGCUGAUUUGAUUCCUUCAUUUUGUUCUUUUCACAUCUUCGUUUACGGUGGUUAGUGUUCCAACAAUUGAUUGUUUUUCUAGAUCUUGUUUUUUUUUUAACGUAAAAUAUGAGGGAUGAUAGAGGGUGAUCACUGCUUGAGAUUGUUGGCCAAAUGGCUUAUUUAUUUCAAGCAUUUGGUGUACCAUGUAAAGCAGUAUCUAUAUGCCCAAAAUUCAUUUGCCCCAGUAUUUGUGGGAGUGUAACUAUUUCGUGUAAUUGUGGGAUAUGUAACUAUUGCAUAGGUAACUUACGUGAUUAAAUCUAAAUACCUUUUCCUCUUCUA